AUGUCUGCGAAAACAAUAUUUACAGAAUCAACCAUCGCUGGUUAUGUGAAGACGAUUCGAUCAUGUCCUCGCGAGAUAAUUGCAAAUCGCCAGUUACUGCUUACAGUUGCUAUGUAUGCGACAGCUGGGCUACCGAUCAACAACUCGACAGCAUGGGACCAAGGAUCAUCUUCAGUCAUCCCGUCCCUCCCUGGAUUCCAAGCUGCGUUCGGUAUCACAUCUGCCGCAAAUCCCACCCAAGUGACUAACUUCAUCUCAUUCGUGUACAUUGGUGCUGGAGUUGGUGCUGGCCUGUCAUUCUUCGUCAACGACCGAAUCGGCCGUUUAUGGUCUUUUCGCCUCUACAUGGUCGUAUGGGUCGUCGGACAGUUGCUUGCUACCUUUUCCUAUGGCCACACUGGCAUUUUAUACACUGCUCGGAUAGUGUCAGGUCUCGGGAUAGGACCACUGACAGUGAUCGGCCCAGUGGCUAUUGUCGAAGUCGCGCCAACCGAGAUUCGAGGACUCCUUUCAGUCUGGUUUAGUGUUGUUAUGCUCUUAUCAUUGACGGUAUCGGUUUUCGUCGUCCUCGGGGUUUACCUCCACGUUGCCAGCGGCUAUCUUCAAUACCAGAUUGUAUUUUUUGUGCCAACAAUCAUAGUAGGCUUUAUUGUUCUGGCUAGCUUCUUCUUAUCGGAAAGCCCGAGAUGGCUCUUUCUCAUUGGAAAACAGGAAGAAGGCAUUGAAACUCUCGCCAAAUUACGCGGCUUGCCUACGACUCAUCCUCGCGUUGCCUCCGAGAUUGAAGAUAUCCAGAAACAAGUCGACGGACAGUGGAAACUCCAGAAAAAGAAUGCUCAGCCAGGAUUCACUGAGCUGUGCAAGGAGACCUUUCUGGUCCCUUCUAAUCUUCGUCGAGUUCAACAGACAUUCAUAUCAUACGCAUUGGCACAAUUAUCUGGCGCGAACAGCGUCACUUCUUAUCUAGUUCCGAUACUGAGUAUGAUGGGACUAGGGGGUGGAACGGACCGUUCACUCUUCUUGUCUGGCAUGUACUCGAUGGCCAAGUUCUUUUUCACGUUGAUUGCGAGUUUCUGCUUCAUUGAUGUGCUAGGACGCCGCAAAAGCUUCUUCACCGGUGUCACGCUGCAGAUGGUGUCUGACAUCUACAUCGGUGUAUAUAUCAAAUAUAAGCAAAGCAGCCUGGUCACUACCAGCGCUAGUCAGGCAGCUGUCGGGGCUAUCUUUAUCCAUGGAUUCGGCUUUGCUGUCGGUCUCUUGAUUCUUCCAUAUGUAUUCGGCGCAGAAAUCUGGCCGAAUCAUAUUCGAUCCUUCGGUGCUGCAAUCUCGCAAUGCUUCCACUGGCUCUUCUUCUUCGGCAUUAGCAGAGCGACUCCUUCCCUCCUCAGCAACACUAACAACUGGGGUGCGUUUAUCUUCUUCGCAGCAUGGUGCUUUAUUUCCAUUGUCUAUGCCUAUUUCGUGAUACCCGAGACUGCAAGAGAGGGAUUAGAGGGCUUGGACGCUAUCUUUGAGCAGCCGCUCUGGAGGGCUUUUCGCGACACCAAGCGGAGUAAUACCACCUGCAUCGAGGCCUUUGAAGUGUCAGAUGAUCAUGAUCGUAUGUCCGGAUCUGGCAGUGACUCGCCGAAGAAAAACAAUCAUUUUGCGGAUGACGGUGUUGAGGUUUGA